CGUCAUUUGAGACGACACCCGCUUUGGUUGCUGCCCCCAUUGCCUCAGUGGGUCCUGCAGCGGCUCCAUGUUGGCCGGGUUCAAGGUGGAUGUCUCGCAUCAAGAGCAAGAGCGAAUCUUGAGCGAAGUGGAAGCAUGGUAUUCCACAGCCAAGGAGCAAGCUGGUGUUGAGUGGCUGCCUUUGGCUGGGAUCAAGAAUUUUCUCUUCAUGGAUCUUGGCUAUGAAGACGAAGAGGAGUUCGAGGAUGCCAUCCAUGGCUCCUUCGAGGACUUCCUAGCCGCAUUUCCACACUUUGAGGUCAAGCAGAUUGAGGGGAAGGCCAUGCUACGCAUCGCAGAUGCCGCCCUGGCGCCUUCGCGGCCGCAGAAGCUGACGCUGCGCAUCACCUCCUCUCAGCAGCUGCUAGACACAACUUUGCUGAAAGACGGGAACGCCGAUUUGGAGCUGCCGCAUCUGGAAUUUGAAAUCCGUCCCAUUGCAAAGCGGCAGAUCGACACUCUGUACAAUCACUCAUCAGAGCUGUAGACGAGAUCGAGAUGCAUGCAGAGGGCUUGGUGGAAGACCUGGCAACAAAGGCCGAGAUCAUGAAGACCGUGGUGAACCUUCGAGAACUGCUCGAUGUGCCGGUGCCCUUUGAUUUGGUGAUCCAUGACCCCAUGGGCAAGUCAGAGUUCAACCCCAUGGAUGGAGUCCAGGUGGAGUAUGCGGAGAGAAGCUGAACUCCGAGAACUCCAAUGUUUUGCGUCGAAUGAAGCCUCUUGCACCGGGCUUGAAGCUGACAGGUAUUUUCCCUGCAGGGCUUGGGAUCAGGACAUCAACUCUCACCCCUCGAAUUUUGAGAGGACCAGCUUUGACUUUGGCAAGUAGAUUCUGCUGAUAAAGCUCCAGGUGACCCAAGCUUUUUGCUCUUUUGCCAGCUGUCAUUGAUUCGUCUCACCCAAAUUUUCUGACAGAUUUUCACCCCUGAACUUGAAAGCAAAAAGAAGGGCUGAAGCUACAGAAAUGGAGCGAAGGUCAAAU